AUGCAUUUUUUUUUUUUCACAUUUUUAAUUUUUGUAUUGAUUAAAUUAAGCAACACUUAUAAAAAAAUUCACUUCAGUAAAAUUGAAUUAACAAAACUUAAUAAUAAGUAUUAUGUAAAAGAUGAUAUAAUAAAUUAUAAUAGAUUUAAAAAUGUGUAUAAUAUAAAAAAUCAUCCUAUACAUAAUGUUACAAAUGAAAUAUUAAAUUUUCUAAAAAAAAAAAUAUCUUUUUACGUUGUUUAUAAUAAAUGUCCACUUUACGAUAGUAAUUUGUGUUUUAAUGAAAUUUUAAUUAAGGACACUAAUGAAACCACUUCAAAAAAAAAUAAUUUUUAUUUUUCCGAUUCAUAUAUAUAUAUCCCUCAAGCAACAUCAUUAUUUCCAUAUGUGUAUCAGUUAUUAAAAAAUGAAAGGAAUACUAAAAUAGAAAAUACUAAUAUACAUAAAAAAACAAGCAAUUAUUCUAAUGAAAGUUUUUUUGAGAAAAAUAAUACUUAUAAUGAAUCAAUAAAUAAGGAAAAUAGUAAUAAAAAUGUUAAACAUGAAAAUACUGAUAUUUAUUGGAAUUGUUUAAAUAAUUAUAAUAUUAAUAAUAUUAGCGAAAUCGAUAAAAUAGAAAAUACCAAUUUAAAUUUAAAUUUAAAUUAUUUGAACAGUGAUAAUUUUUGUAUUGUUUCAAGUAUUUUUAGAAAAGAUAAUAUUGAUAAACUUCAUUUCCCAUUUUUUAAUCAAAUAGAUAUAUAUAUAAAAAUAAAAAACGAACUAAUUAAUAAGAAAAAACAACUUAUAUAUUUCUUAUGUGAAUUAUUAUCAUUUCUUUUUAAAAAAAAAUAUAAAUGGAGAAUAAGAGAAGAUUCAUUUGAUUUCACAACUAAUUCUCUUCAAGCAGAAAUUUUUUAUAAUAACAAAUGGAUAGAAAUAUUAGGAAGUGGAAUUUUAAGAAACAAAAUAAUUUUUAAGAAAACUAAAAAGCAUGAUGUAUAUGAUUAUUUAGCUAUAGGAUUGGGAAUAGAUAGAAUUGCUAUGAUAAAAUUUGAUAUAAAUAGAAUAAGAGAUUUGUAUUUAUAUAUAUCAAAUAUAGAAAAUACUUCAACUAAUAAAACUACUAAAGGUUACUUAAAUAAUGAAACACUUUACAAUGUUAUAAGCAAUUGUAAAAAUAAUAAAUAUUUGAAUGAAAAUUUAAAAAACAAAUUAGUUCAUGAUAUAAGUAACUAUAAAUUAUCUAUAGAAGAAAAUAUUUUAUCAGAAUCACCAAAAAAAGAAGGAAUAAAAUUAAGAGAUAAAAUACUAACCUCUAUCAAAAAAACCUUAAAUGAGAAUAAUGAAGUUUUACAUUUCAUAAAUUUAUACAAUAUAAAAAAUGAAGAAAGAGAUUUAUCCUUUUAUUCUAACCUGGAGUGGAACAAUGAAGAAUUUAUAAAAAAAAUUUUUGAUUUUAAAAAUAUAAAAAAUAUAUGUUUUUUGAAAAAAGUUUUUCUCUUUGAUAUAUUUUUCAAUAAAAAAUUGAAUAAAACUAGCUAUUCUUAUAAGUUCAUCUAUGUUGCAACAACAAAUAUAAAAGAACAAGAGAUUUUUAAAAAUUAUGUUAAAGAAUUACAUGAAGAAGUAAUAAAACAAAUUGUAAAUAUAUAUGAUAUAACUAUUAGAUAA